AUGCUUCUUCUACUCCUGGUUCCGAUACUUACAGACAACAUUGAAAUACCAAGAGACUCGUUCGACACACUCAAGGUGGGGAACACAUACAUAUCCUCUGCUAUGCAUGAUGCAUCCAGCUGGAACUCGGUUAAGAUCUCCUUUCCUGGAUACUACCAUUACAGUGUCAAGGAGUACGAGCCUCGGAAGCUUGAGUUGAUUGACGCCACCCAGUACUUUGGGGAAAAAGAGGAGAUGCGGUUCCGAGUAGACUUUGAGACAAAGCACUGUGGGCUGAUACCCGAUGCAUGGGCCAUGGUCGUUGCGUUGACGGCCUCUUCCAUCAUAAUGUUUUUUAUGCCUAUAAAGAACAUGUAA